UAAGCAAUCAGAUAUCUGAAUUGAAUUUUUACUCCGUGUUCGUUUAUGUUAGUGUCUCGCUUGAGGUGUCGAUAAUGCUCACCUGUUGGAAACAUCAUUCAAACCCUGUUAAACUUUGGUGUCUAACUGAAUGUCAUUUGACUAUAAGGCCCAACGGAGAAGUUCUUGGAACUAAGGACGAUUCUGAUCCUGAUACCAAGAUUUUACGUACGAGUGCAGAGAAUGGUCUAGUAAGGCUUUUAGGUAUUAAUAGCCAGCUAUAUCUAUGUUUGGACCAUAAAGAAGAGAAGUUAUAUGGAGUGAAAGAUAAGAACAAAGCCACUCUUUUCAAAGAAGAUAUGAGUGGUUCAUAUUCAACAUACCAAUGCACUUUGGAUUCAAAAAGUUGGUUUGUAGGAAUUCGAAACGACGGAAAACCGAAACCAGUAAAAACGGCUGAGGCAACACAAAAGGAGACACGAUUUUUGCCUCGAGGAUGA